AUGAUUGUCAAAGAAUCGAGAUGGGACCAGCGAGGCAAGCGGCCGGCCAGAAUCGCCAAUGUGUCAGGUGCCAGAACCGACCCCGGCUACCAUAUGCGUCGACAAGCGGAAUGGGGUGAUGUUGAUUUCUUGACGGGCGAUUAUCUCGCGGAGAUCAAUCUCCCAGAAAACAAAAAGGGAAUGGAUGCCGGCCUGCACGACGGCUGGGAACCGACCUGCUGGGACGGCUUCGUGCAAACCAUUGAUCUGAUCGCUCAGAAGGAGCUGAAGGUCAUUGUCAACGGAGGAGCCCUAAACCCUGGAGGCCUCGCGGCCAAAGUCCAGCAACUUGUCAACGAGAAAGGCUAUUCCCUCAAAGUCGCCUACCUGUCCGGCGACGAUCUGACCGAGGAAACAAAGGACCAAAUCGCCCGCACUGGUCAAAUCCCCGCUCAUCUGGAUUCUAACAAUCCCGACGUCAAAGUCGAAAAGCUAGCUGUUGCCCUCCAGGACUACCAAUCCAGACCCGUGAUCACCUCGCACGCGUAUCUAGGGGCGAGAGGGAUCGUAGGGGCUCUCGACGGCGGCGCAGAUAUCGUCAUCGCAGGUCGAGUCGCCGACGCCUCUCCAGUGAUUGCUGCCGCAUGGUACUGGCAUCAAUGGAAGCCGACAGAUUACGACCAACUCGCGGGCGCCCUUAUCGCGGGCCACUUGAUCGAAUGCUCAGCAUACACGACGGGCGCCAAUUUCGCCGGUUUCGACCAGUUCGACCUGGACCUGUUGGUAGACCUUCCCUUCGGCAUCGCCGAGGUGGCCAACGACGGAACUGCGGUGAUCACCAAGCAUGAAAACACCGAAAAGGGCGUCGUCAACGCAGACACCAUCAAAUGCCAGUUCCUCUACGAGAUCCAGGGCGCCAUCUACCUGAACAGCGAUGUUUCCGCCGACACGACCAAUAUCGCGAUCAGGGACGUGGGCAAGAACCGCGUCGAAAUGUCGGGGAUCAAGGGCUACCCGCCGCCUCCGACGACGAAGCUCGCUGUGUUCUACGACGCGGGGUAUCAAUGCCAGCUUUUGGCCAACGCGGCCGGAUACGCGACGGACAAGAAGUGGCAGUUGUUCGAGAAGCAGAUGCGGUUUUUCCUCAACGAGAAGGGUGUUUUGGACCAGUUUGACCACCUCGAAUUCCAGAUUGUGGGCGUUCCGGAACAAAAUCCGCGAAGCCAGCUCCGCAGCACAACCUAUUGUCGACUACACUGGUCGCUCGACUACCGCACCGCGCACCCCAAGCCGUAUAUAUCCUUCUACCCGGGCCUGUACGACCAGACCGCUCUCAAAGAAGCCGCGCACAUUCUCAACCCAGACGGCAAAGUCGCGCAGACCAUCCCCGCGAAGCUCCCCGCCGAGUUCUACCACCUCGAACGCCGGAUCAAUUUCGACGCCACGCCAUACACCCCGCAUAGCCCAGGAGGUCCCACGCGCACCGUCACGCUCGGUGACAUCGCCUACGGCCGCUCCGGCGACAAGGGCGCCAACUGCAACUUUGGCAUCUACCCGCGCAACCCGGCGCACUGGGACUGGUUCCGCGGGUACAUGUCGCGGGCGAAGCUGCAGGAGCUGAUCGGGGACGACUGGCGCGACUCGUACUUUAUCGAGAGGAUGGAAUUUCCCGAGAUCAAGGCCGUGCAUUUCGUCGUCUACGGCAUCCUCGGGCGCGGCGUGUUGGCGAGCACCUUGCUCGAUUCCCUGGGGAAAGCGUUUGCAGACUAUAUCCGGGCGAAAACGGUCGAUGUCCCCGUGGAGAUUUUGGAGCUGUAG